AUGACCCCUGAAGACACUUAUGCGGCGAUUGAUAUUUGCGACAUUGAGUUCAAUUUUCUUGACGAGAAGAACGUUGUAUGCGGCCUUUGUGGGGAAGUUGUAGUUUAUACUACACUCUUUACUGAUCAUCUUGCGAGAAUUCAUCCUGAGAUGCUGGAGCCCGACAUGAUGAUCGGUGACAUGACAUAUGUCGACUACUUGAGAUCGAAACUAGAGACUGAUAGAAAAAACAUACAGAAUGGCUUCAAGUUUGCGAAGCAGUCGAUGUUUCGGAAAACACCGCGCAAAGUUAGUCAGAUUCGUAUCAAUCCAUCAGAGAUGAAUAUGGCACAAUUGGAGGUGGCACUGAGGAAGAAGCUGCUGGAAAAGAUGGGGCGAAGGGUUCGUUUUCUUAAUACCAAUUCAAUGUUCAUUUCCACUUGCAUUAUUUGAAU